AUGACGCCCGAGGCAGAGUGCUUUAUGGUGCCACCUCGCAGUGACGACCUGGAGCUCACUGAUCCGCCCAUGCACACGGCCCGUGAAGGCUGCCUGGCCCCGGAGCACUGGUGCCCGCUCCCGCUCCCAGUCCUGCCGGAGUGCUGUGGCCUCACGGACCUGCCCUCUGCCUGUGCUCCCAGCAUGGAGCGGUACGUGACAGCCUGCGCAGGCGAUGUACUGGAUGCAGUGUCUCCGUGCUCAGUCGUAAACCACCUGCGAUGGGACCUGAACGCCCAGCAGAUAGAGGAGCUCACCAAGGAGCUCAUCGAGCAAACCAAGCACGUGUACGACCAGGUGGGCGCCCAGGAGUUGGAGGACGUGUCCUAUGACAGCACGCUCAAGGCGCUGGCUGAUGUGGAGGUGUCAUACACAGUUCAGAGGAAUAUCCUUGACUUCCCCCAGCACGUUUCUCCACACAAGGACAUCCGGACAGCCAGCACAGAGGCAGACAAGAAGCUCUCAGAGUUCGAUGUGGAAAUGAGCAUGAGGCAGGACGUGUACCAGAGGAUCGUCUGGCUCCAGGACAAGGUGCAGAAGGACUCGCUGAGGCCAGAGGCAGCGCGGUACCUGGAGCGGCUCAUCAAGCUGGGCCGGAGGAACGGGCUGCACCUCCCCAAAGAAACUCAAGAGAAAAUCAAGAGCAUCAAGAAGAAGCUGAGCCUCCUGUGCAUCGACUUCAACAAGAACCUGAACGAGGACACGACCUUCCUGCCGUUCACACGCGAGGAGCUAGGAGGGCUCCCUGAGGACUUCCUGAAUUCGCUGGAGAAGACAGAGGAUGACAAGCUGAAGGUCACCCUCAAGUACCCUCACUACUUCCCCCUGCUGAAGAAGUGCCACGUGCCCGAGACCAGAAGGAAGGUGGAGGAGGCCUUCAACUGCCGCUGCAAGGAGGAGAACUGUGCCAUCCUCAAGGAGCUGGUGACGCUACGGGCGCAGAAGUCCAGCCUGCUGGGAUUCAGCACACACGCCGACUACGUCCUGGAGAUGAACAUGGCCAAGACCAGCCAGGCCGUGGCCACGUUCCUGGACGAGCUGGCGCAGAAGCUGAAGCCUCUGGGCGAACAGGAGCGAGCCGUGAUCCUGGAGCUGAAGAAGGCCGAGUGCGAGAAGCGGGGCCUGACCUUCGAUGGGCACAUCCACGCGUGGGACAUGCGCUACUACAUGAACCAGGUGGAGGAGAUGCACUACCGCGUGGACCAGAACCUGCUCAAGGAGUACUUCCCCAUGCAGGUGGUCACCCGGGGGCUGCUGGGCAUCUACCAGGAGCUGCUGGGGCUCACCUUUGAGCUGGAAGAGGGCGCCACCGUGUGGCACGAGGACGUGAGGCUGUACGCGGUGCGGGACGCGGCCUCUGGGGAGGUGAUCGGCAAGUUCUACCUGGACCUCUACCCGCGGGAAGGGAAGUACGGGCACGCGGCCUGCUUUGGCCUGCAGCCUGGCUGCCUGCGGAAGGACGGCAGCCGCCAGAUCGCCAUUGCGGCCAUGGUGGCCAACUUCACCAAGCCCAGCCCUGACGCCCCAUCCCUGCUGCAACACGACGAGGUGGAGACCUACUUCCACGAGUUCGGGCAUGUGAUGCACCAGCUCUGCUCCCAGGCCGAGUUCGCCAUGUUCAGUGGGACCCAUGUGGAGCGGGACUUCGUGGAGGCACCUUCGCAGAUGCUGGAGAACUGGGUGUGGGAGAAGGAGCCGCUGCUGAGGAUGUCCCAGCACUACAGCACAGGCAGCCCCAUGCCCCAGGAGCUGCUGGAGAAGCUCAUCAGGUCCCGGCAGGCCAACACAGGACUCUUCAACCUGCGCCAAAUUGUGCUCGCCAAGGUGGACCAGGCCUUGCACACACAGACAGAUGCAGACCCGGCCGAGGAGUAUGCCCGGCUCUGCCAGGAGAUCCUGGGGGUCCCAGCCACACCAGGGACUAAUAUGCCUGCGACCUUCGGCCACCUGGCGGGAGGCUAUGACGCGCAGUACUACGGCUAUCUGUGGAGCGAGGUGUACUCCAUGGACAUGUUCCACACGCGCUUCAAGCAGGAGCACAAGCCUGGGCCAGUCGGGACGUGGGCUUUGGGGCCUGCUUUGCACCCGGCCUCUGAGCACAAGAGGGUGCGUUUUCUCUUGGCAGAGCUGGUAGCCAUGCCAUGUGACCAGGAGGGUUAUGCCAAGAAGGUGGAAAUGGAUACCAAGAUUCACAGCAGUGUCCCUCAUGCUUAA